UCUGAGAGACACCACAGACUGAGGUUAUGCGCUCUCUGCCUGACAUCCUGUGAGGCUUCUGUCUGAGUUGCCUCAGGUCUCAGGCAGUACUCAGUUCAUCCUCUGCCUCCUGUCACACGCCUCGCUGCUGGGUCCGCUGACGAGUUCCAGGAGGAGGAAACCGGAGCACCCAGAGGAAACCCGCAUACUUUCAGGAAGGAACGUACAAACUUGCUUACAGAUGACGCUGGAAUUGAACUCUGAACGCCGACGCGCCAGGUGACACCAGAACUGAACGCCAAACACCGACUGUGAUAGAGUGGCACUAACCACGACGUUAUCCGCGGCGCCUUAUUUAUUAAGCAAAAGUACCAGAAGAUGAAAAGAACCAGCCUAAUUAUCUUUGCUGUCUCCUUCUGGUCCUUGAACCUUGGAUAUAAAUGCGGAAACAAAGAUUUGCAGUGCCUGGUGGAUUACAACAACCUGAUGACCUGCUGCUGGUCACAGAAUGUUUCCCAAGGCAGUUCUCGGUGUGAAGUGCGAGUGGAUGAAUUCAAGCAGAAUGAGAAAGGUUUCCCGAAAAACUGCAGCCCGGAAAAUGCGCAGGAGAAGAGCUGCACGAUUACCUUUAAGUACUUCGCUGCGGCUCAGAAAUUCAACAUCACACUGCUGUGCAACAGGGACGGAUCGAAGAUCGAAGCUGCGAAGAUUCACGCCUUCGUUCCUAAGUAUAAUAUCCAGCUCCAGCCUCCGUCCAACUUGAACGUGGUCAAUGAUACUGACACCAUGAUUGAACUGUCCUGGCAGACUAAACACGAACUUCUUUUCGCCGAUAAAAUGGAAUUCGAGAUUCGAUACAAGCUCGAGACUGAGCCCUGGAAAAAUGCCAAGAAGCAUCUGAUCCAGCAAAACGAAAGAAGAAUACAAAUCGACCUGUCCAAUUUGAAGGCCGACUCCUCCUACGUGACCCAGAUUCGAGUGAGAAUUCUGGACAGUAAGAAUUACAAGAGCAUCUGGAGCAAAUGGAGCCAGGCACUGAAAUGGAAAACUCAGAAAUCCAAAGCUGCAACUGGUAAAUUCACUGGAGACCUGUGGAUCGCCCUCUUACUGAGUGGAAUCCUGUUUGCCGUUGCCAUUCUGCUCAUUGGGAAGCUGGUCAUAAGAAGAUCCAGAAAGAAGACUCCCCGUUGGCUGUCCAUACCCGACCCUGGCAAAUUCUUUUAUGAGCUGAAUUCUACCUAUGGCGGCAACUUCCAGAAAUGGAUUGGGACUAAGUUCCCAGCUUCCUUCAGCAGCACGGAAGAGCUGGGCACAGAAAUCUCCUCGGUGGAAAUUUCAGAAAUCAAAGACUCGCAGUUGUUCAUCAAGCAGAACUUCAUGUCAGACAGCAGCGGCUUCAAGAGUAUCAGUGACUCUUCCAUAUCCAGCUUUGCCAACCAGGGCUACUUCUGGUGCAAUUAUCCCAGCUCGUAUGAAGCGUAUCCUUGCAAAGUUUAUUUUAGCUAUGACCGAGAUGAGCUGGGAGCCGGGAGCGAGAAAAGUGAAUCAUACCUCUACCUCAGCUCCUCCGAUGAUUCCCUCUAUGACAGCAGUCUGCAAUACUCCCCCUGCACCUUUUCCACAGACAAGCAGAGGAUGGAGCUGGAUUGUGGAGAGUCCCCGUCUCAUGUCACCGGAGAUAGCUCUGAGGAGGGAAUAGACAGGCCACCAAGAGAACAUGGAGACCCAACAUGUCUACCACAUCCUGAUCACCUGGCAAGCCACGAACACUCAGUGAGUGAGUCCCACAUCUCUCCCAAUGCUGUCUCCCAAUUCCCCGCCUUUGGGUCCUCAGAUUGUUUCUUUGGGCCUCAUGCUUUGUUGGCAGAUAUGAAGGACGAGGCAGCAAGCAUGUUUGUCUCCAAUGGGUCAGUGUUUGAAAAGGUUCCAGACGUGUCUUCUUCUCAGCAUGGUUUUAACCAGCAGAACCCCAGUGUCUUUAAGACUAUGUCUCUGAAUCUGGUGCAGCCUACUGAUGCGUACCUCUCCCUCAAAGAAGUUCAAAGCAAAUACAGUAACCAGUCAAUAUAGGGAUGGAAUCGUGCCAUCUGCUCCUGUAAGUCUGAUGUUAAGAUCAAUCACCAAAGGAGUUUCAACUUCAGGUUUCCUUUUAAAAGACUUGCCUCCACUUUCGAAAAGAGGUCUUUUAACAUGUUUCCUUCUGAACUUCCCUCUUGUGUUGGUUCCUGUACCUGAGUUGAAGAGGACAAUACAGGCUCCACCAGAACGUCAACCAGCAGAAGAUUUAUUUAAAGUGGACAAUGUUAAUCUUCUUUAUUCCCUCUGAAGAAUCUGGUGCAGGGAGCCAAAAAGAAAGACAGGUUAUUUGUUACUGCUUACUAAUGUAAUCUGACAGGAAAAUUAGAGAAGUUCUCUGGAGACCAUUAGAGCAACAGGAAAUUGGACAGACAAUACAAAACCUGAUCUUCAGUGAUGAAGGAUAUAACUGCCAGCAAGAAGCCGGUUUGAAAUUGGAAACAAAGCUGAUGUAAAUGUAGCAAUUUCUCCAGCCUCAGGGUCCUCUGCCACCCUGUAGUCAGUGCUUUCCAUGGGGAAUAUGGCGAUGAAUGGACCAUCCUACAAACACAAAGCUCCUGCAAAGGAGGCAAGGUGACUUCUACUGACAGCUUGACGGUUAAAUUUUGAUGAAUAUGUAUGUGUCAUAUUUUCCAUAGUACAAGUACCUCGAAUGUUGAUUUAUAAUACAUUGUAUUUUAACAGUAUUCAGUUGAAAAACUUGUUUUUUCUUCAAUGAAGUGCAAUGAUGACCAUUUUUCUGCAUUGCAUCUUGCAUCUGAUGCGAACUCUGCAUUAGGGUCCACAAUGCCUUAUUCCUGUUCAAUAUGCUUUUUGAGGAAUCCCAGGACUUUUCAUAUUCCAUAUGUCUUGUCUGUCUGAGACUCUCAGGCCUUGCAACUGUCUCUCGACCUCUGGAUCAUCCUGGACUUCACUCAAGUUUCCAAAACAGAAUUUGACCCAGGAUCUACCAGCCCAGGAGUGAGAGGGUGACCUUAAACGCCAUUCAUCCUGACGUACAGGCCUCUGACAAGGGACUGAAUCCCCAGAGGAUAGUUGGCUGCUUAGCAACUAGGCUUCGUGGCAAGGAGCAGAGGUCAGACAGUCCCGGGAACAACCCCUCCCUCAUUAGGAGACAGUCACCGGAAGACAGGUUCACCUCAAAGCUCAUCUAUAGAAUCGAAAGGACGAGUUGGGUCAUUACUGAACUUAUUCUUACCAGUUAUAUUUUACGUUAUUUGCUCAUUGCAAUGGGACAAUUUUGAAGCAGGGGGCAUUAUGUGAUGGUGGAUUUCUAUUUGGCAGUGAAAAUGGAAGAGAGUUUUGACUUUCACGCUCAGCCAGGAAUAAUGAGGAGAGGUGACAGUCCAAUCACUUGUGCUUCAGUAAGAAAAAGGCCGAACUCAAGAGGCAGAUCGGCCAACUCCUCUCUUUAGAUUGCUGCUCAGGAUAAAAAAAACUUGCUGCCACAUCCUCUCUCAACAGAGGAUGAUGAGGUGACUUCACUAACUGACUUCAAAGCACAAACGGAAAAGUGAAAGACAGAGAGAAACAGUAAAAGAUCCUGAAGGGGGUGGGGGUGGGGAGGUAGAAAGGACAUCAGACCCCCUUCAUCAGAUCUAGUGAUUCCUCAGUCAAGUUGAAUUUUGUGCUAUUUUCUCAGCCUGCUCACCAACAAAUUACUGACAAAUUAGGUACAGAGUGUAUCUAAUAAAAUGGCCACUGAGUGUAAGUUCAUGGUCUUCUGCUGCUGUAGCCCAUCUGCUUCAAGGUUCAACGUGUUGUGUGUUCAGAGGUUCUCUUCUGCACAUCACUGUUGUGUGGUUAUUUGAGUUCAUGUCAGCUUGAACCAGUCUGGCCAUUCUCCUCUGACCUCUCUCAUUAACAAGACAUUUUUGCCCAAAAAACUGCUGCUCACCGGGUGUUGUUUGGUUUUUCACACCAUUCUCUGUAAACUUCAGAGACUAUUGUGUGUGGAAAUCCCAGGAGAUCAGCAGUUUCUGAGAUACUCAAACCAUCCUGUCUGGCACCAACAAUCUACCCAUGGUCAAAGUCACUUAGCAUUUCUUCCCCAUUCUUAUACUUUAUACUUUAUUAUCGCCAAACAAUUGGUACUAGAACGUACAAUCAUCACAGCGAUAUUUGGUGUUUGGCCCGAACGACAGCUGAACCUCUUGACCAUAUCUGCAUGCUUUUAUGCAUUGAGUUGAUUGGCUGAUGAGAUAUUUGCAUUAACAAGCAGCUGUACAGGUGCACCAAAUGAAAUGGCCACUGGGUUUAUGUCUAUGAUCUUCCGCUGCUCUACCUCUUGACCAUGUCUGCAUGCUUUUUAUGCGUUGAGCUCCUGCCACAUGAUUGGCUGAUUGGAUAAUUGUAUUAACGAGCAGCUGUGCACAAAUACCUAAUAAAGUGGUCAAGGAGUGUGUGCACAUUUCAUAUCCUCCAGAGAACAAGUAUAUAUAAUGUUGAUUGUACUUUAACAUCAUUCAAUUGAAAAACUGGUUUUUCUGCAAUGAAAUGUGAUAAUGAUCAUUUCCUUUGUCAAUUUGUGCAUCUGGUGCAAUCUCUGCUUUGGGAUGCACAGCAUCUUAUUCCCGUUCAAUGUACCAUCUGUUGGAUUACAGGGAAUUGGGAACACCACCUCAGAGAACUGUGGGUCAACAUGGUUUUCAUGGUAAGUCCUAUCAUCACCCUAUAGCCUUCCAUUACUUGCCCACCUAUAUGGUUGCUCUCUGUUCCCAGGCUCAUUCCCUCCCCCAAACUCCCCAACUCCUGACCCCUUGAAUCUUCUUGACCUUUGAUUGUGAUCUCCAUUCCCAAGUUGUACUUCCCCCCCCCCCAAUACCACCAGGUCUCAACCACAGUUUCCUCUCCUCCAGUCUUCCACCACCCCAUUCCCAAUUCUCCACCCCCAAACCACAAUGUGCCAAUCUUCCUCAGUUCUGAGGAUAGCCACACACCCCAUUUUCCCCCUGGGCCCAGGUAUUGGCAUGUUCUUCCUUGCUCGUCUCCAACCCUACCCCGAUCUCAGGUCCCUGACUAGUGGCCUUCCCCUCUCCCCAAGCCUGGACCACAUCCAAAUCUGAGCUCAGUCCUGGCUGGUGCUCUGAUUCUUCCAAAUACGUGCCCUUGAGGUCCUCAAUGGAGGAACCAACAAGGACUAUUGUUCAUAGAACGUAGAAUACUACAGAAUAGUAAAGGCCCUUCAGCCCACAAUAUUGUGCCAACCCUAUAACGUACUUCAAGAUCAAACUAAUCCUUCCCUCCUACAUAGCUCUCUGUUUUUCUAUCAUUAUAAAAUAAAAAUAAAAUCUAAUAAAAUUAAAAAAUAUUCAUUAUUUAAAAUUCUUGGACUAUGUCAAGCCCAGAUCAUCAAGCGUUGGGAACGGGUGGGGUGAGGUGAAAUGUGGGAUUGUGUUGAGGGUGGAGUUGUUGAGGAGGGUGAGGUGGUGCAAGGUUAGGUAAGGGCUAGGCAAGUGAAGGAGUGAAUUGAGGGUGAGGUGACAGUCAGAUUGAGAUGAGCAGAUACAUUGAAUGAAAAGUCCCUCUAACCCAGCCCAAAGUGGCUAACCUACUUGCUUCAUCCAACAGGUCUUGAAUCAGAAUCAGGUUUAUUAUCGGGAACAUAACUUGUGAAAUUUGUUGGUUUGUGGCAGCAGUGUGUGCUGUGAUAUGCAUAUAAAGUUACAAUGAGAAAUAAAACAAUAAAGAGCAACGAAGAUUAAGAAAAUAAAUAAGAAACAAUGGUGAGACCCAUCGUAAAUUGGGGAACCGCUUUCUCAAGCACCCCCGUUGCAUCUGCCACAAGCGGGACUUCCCAAUGGCCAGACAUUUUAAUUCCCAUUCCCAUUCCCAUUCCCAUUCCCCUUCCACUAUGUCGGUCCAUGACCUACUAUUGUGCUGGGAUGAGGCCACUCUCAGGGUGGAGAAGCAACAUCUUAUAUUCCAUUUCAACCUGACGGAAUGAAUAUUGAUUUCUUCUACUGGUAAAAAAAAAUUUUCUUUCCUUUUUCCCUCUUCUUCUAAUCCCCACUCUGGCCUUUUACCUCUGUUCACCUGCCUAUCACUUCCCCCUGGGUCCCCUCUUCCUUCCCUUUCUCUGAUGGUCCACUCUCCUCUCCUAUCAGAUUCCUUCCUCUCCAGCCCUUUAUCUUCCUCACCCACCUGUCUUCACCUAUCACCCCUAGUUAGCCUCCUUCUCCUCCCCCAACCUUUUUAUCCUGGAAUCCUCCCCGCUUCCUUCUCAGUCCUGAAGAAGGGUUUCGGCUCGAAACCUCAACUGUUUAUUAAUUUCCAUAGAUGCUGCCUGGCCUGUUGCGUUCCUCCAGCAUUAUGAGUGUGCUGCUCUGGACUUACAGAACCUGCAGACUUUCUUCUGUUUAAGAAAUAAAAAAACAAAAAAAAAAAAUAAGCAGAGGGAAAAGCGAGCAAGGAUAGUGAGGUAGUGUUCACGGGUGCAGGGACUGUUGGGAAACCUGAUGGCGGAGGGGAAGAAGUUACUCCUAAAACAUUGAGUGUGCCUUCAGGCUCCUGUACCUCCUCUCUGGUGAUAGUGAUUAGAAGAGGACAUGUUAUGUCCUUGAUGGUGAGGCUCCUUCAUAAUGGACAUGGCCCUCUUGAGGUGUUGGUCUUUGAAAGUGUCUGGUGAUGGAGCUGAGGUUCAGAUUAAAGGAGUGAAUGUUGUUUUGUUUAUUAAAAUGCAAGAUCUGCAUCAGUGUCUGUUAAUUUAUCUCUUCACAUGUAUUAUCAGGUCAACCAUGUAACCUUAUGAUAUUUUAAUGGGAUUUGGUUUGUCA